AAUCUCACGAGAAGUGUGAUUGCCAUGACAAUAUACAAUAUGGCAGAAAAUCGAAAUAAAUAAUGUAAACAUUGUCAUUGUUUUAUGGAAAAUCUAAAUAUUUAACUUAUAAUUAAAUGGUUUAACGACUGUUUCAUAGAAAACUCGUUAAAGAUGGCGGACACGAGAGAUGAUGAUGUCGAAACAUACAAGCCCAAGAAUAUGAAGAAAUUGACAGUCCAAGAAUUAAAGAAAUUGACUCCACAGGAAAGAAGUAGAUAUUUAGCAUAUGAAGAGCCAUCGAAAAAUAUACAAGAAGUUCAAUUAAAAUGUAAAAAAAGAUUGAUAGAAUUACAUAAUGAACAGAAAAUAAUGAAUGCACCACCAAAACCAGAAGAAUUAUUAGAAAAAGAAAAGCACGCAAAACUCAUUGGUCAAUUAAAGGCAGCAGAAGCAAGAAAUAGGUUAAGAAUUAUGAGAUUAAGAUAUCAAGCUAACAGGGCUCAAGAAAUAAGUCAUUUAAUAGCGUGUCAACCUAGUGCAUUAAAAGCUGUACGACUACAAGCUCUAGUCCCACCGUAUUCUGACGCUAAAUCUAAAAAAGAUGACAUGGAUAAACUAGACAUUGAAAGGGUAGAAAUAUUAUUGGAGGAUGCAAAAGGACUCAUAACCAAUCGAAUUAACUAACACAGAGAGAUUGUUUGAUAAGGUGUAAACUAGCCAAUAGAACUUGUGUUUUCACCAAUCACAUGUGCAUUAUGUUAAUGUAAUUGCACAGUUUUGAAUGAUGAACUUGUCAAAUUAUUUUUGAAAAUUUACCAAAUCUUGCAAAUAAAUUGAAUUCAAAGAUUUGAUAACAUUUCAAGAAAGGAUUUUGAAUGAAAACUAAAUAUUUUGUAAUGCAAUAAAUUGAAAAUGAAAAGAAUACAUAGGAAGGAGUGAUUGAUAAUAUAACAAUGUCAGCUUGUAAUGUCAGAUUUCAUAAUAUAAAAUUUUGAUAAAAAAUUUAAGAAGGGUUUGUGAUACCCUUAUUUAAUGAAAUGAUGUUCAGAUUGAAAACUGAAAUCAGAAGAUAACAGAACUGACAUUCAUCUUGAUAUAGAUAAUUUUUAAAAAUGUAAAUAAAGUGAAUAUUUAUUUGUAUAUAAUUUUAAUCAUGGAAAUAUAAUAAUAAUAAUAAAUCAUAUACAUCAA